AUGGCAGAGCUUACGCAUCUCAAUGAAGCAUCAGUCGUCCAUAAUCUUCAUAUGAGAUACCAAGCUGAUCUCAUUUACACCUAUUCAGGCUUGUUCCUGGUUACUAUUAAUCCAUAUUGCUCAUUACCUAUAUACACGAAUGAGUACAUUAAUUUAUACAAGGGACGAGGUCGGGAAGAGAGUAAACCACACAUAUUUGCAACGGCAGAUGAGGCUUUCAGAAACCUAGUUGAAGAAGGAGAAAACCAAACUAUUCUUGUAACUGGAGAGUCUGGAGCCGGAAAGACGGAAAAUACCAAAAAAGUCAUUCAAUACCUGGCGGCAGUUGCAAACUCGGAAUCACCAGUGAAAAAACAAGCCUUUGGGAAUGCGCAGACAGUCAGGAAUCAUAAUUCUUCCCGCUUCGGAAAAUUCAUCAGGAUCGAGUUUACGCGCAAUGGCAGUAUAGCCGGUGCUUUCAUAGAUUGGUAUCUCUUUGAGAAAUCAAGAGUGGUAAGGCUGAAUGCUCAUGAGCGGAAUUAUCACGUUUUCUAUCAGCUUUUGAAGGGAGCUGAUCGCACAUUGAAAAACGAAUUCCUCAUCGAAGGAUUAGACGUAGAGGAUUUCGCUUAUACACGGGAUGGUCAUGACACCAUUGUUGGUGUCUCUGACAGAGAUGAGUGGAACACUUUGGUCGAGGCAUUCGAUGUUAUGGGCUUCUCCGAGAACGACCAAAUAUCUAUCUUACGAACAGUUGCUGCUGUUCUCCACCUGGGCAAUAUAACUGUCGUGAAGGAGAGUAGAUCGGCCGAUCAAGCUAGAUUAGCUCCGGAUGCCCGCGCACAGGCUGACAAAGUGUUAAAAGCUGGACGGGAAUGGGUCGAGAAGGUGCAGACGCCAGAACAAGUUCUACUCGCAAUAGACUCGUUGGCAAAGGGUAUCUACGAGAGGGGUUUUGGUGAUCUUGUAACCCGAAUCAAUCGCCAAUUGGAUAGGACUGGUAUGGGUCUCGAUGACUCUCACUUUAUCGGAGUACUUGAUAUUGCUGGAUUCGAAAUAUUCGAAGAAAAUAGUUUUGAGCAACUGUGCAUCAACUACACGAACGAGAAGCUCCAGCAAUUUUUCAACCACCAUAUGUUUGUCCUUGAACAAGAAGAAUACGCCCGUGAGAAAAUCGAGUGGAAGUUUAUCGAUUUUGGACAUGAUCUCCAGCCUACGAUUGAUCUGAUUGAGUUGCCCAACCCCAUUGGUAUUUUCUCGUGUCUCGAUGAAGAUUGUGUGAUGCCAAAAGCCACGGACAAGUCAUUUACGGAAAAGCUUCAUUCUCUUUGGGAUCGCAAAACUCCCAAGUAUCGUGCCUCUAGGCUUGGGCAAGGAUUUAUGCUCACUCACUAUGCCGCCGAAGUUGAAUAUUCUACCGAAGGAUGGUUGGAGAAGAACAAGGAUCCAAUGAAUGAUAACAUUACAAGAUUGUUGGCUGCAUCCAGCGAUGCACAUGUUGCAAAUCUCUUCAGUGAUUGCUCUGAAGCAGGCGAUGACUCUGGUGCCAUCCGAAGCAGGGUCAAGAAAGGCCUUUUUCGCACCGUCGCUCAAAGACAUAAAGAACAGCUAUCUAGCUUAAUGGCCCAGCUGCAUUCGACACAUCCUCAUUUUGUGAGGUGUAUCAUACCCAACCACAAGAAAAAACCUAAGCAACUCAGUGCACCACUUGUGCUCGACCAAUUGCGCUGCAACGGUGUCUUGGAGGGUAUCAGGAUUGCACGCACUGGUUUUCCAAACAGACUUCAUUUUUCAGAGUUCCGACAAAGAUAUGAAGUUUUGUGCAGGAACAUUCCCAAAGGGUACCUUGAUGGCCAGACAGCAGCUAGUAUGAUGUUAGAUAAACUUCAAUUGGACAAGUCAUUGUUCCGUGUUGGAAUCACCAAAGUCUUCUUUCGUGCCGGUGUGUUGGCAGAGCUUGAAGAACAACGUGAUGCCUUGAUCCGCGAGAUUAUGACACGGUUCCAAUCCCUGGCACGCGGUUUUACCCAACGACGUAUUGCCAAUAAGCGACUGUAUAGAGCAGAGGCAACACGGAUCAUACAGCGAAAUUUCCAAGUUUACAUCGACCUCUGUGAGAACCCUUGGUGGCGCCUCUUAGUCAAGAUGAAGCCGUUAUUGGGAGCUUCGAGAACGUCAGGAGAAGUCAAGAAGAGAGAUGAGAUGAUAAAGCAGCUUAACGAGAAAAUGGACCAAGAGGCGUCAGAACGCCAAAGACUAGACGAGGAACGACGAAAUACUCACACUGAGAUGUUAAAGAUCCAACAAACCUUAGAAAGCGAACGAGCGUUAGCCCUAGACAAGGAAGAGAUAUUUAAGCGUCUGCAGCUCCGUGAGACGGAGUUGAGCGAUAAGUUGGCUGGUGCUAUUGAAGAUCAGGAAAAGCUUGAGGAUCAACUGGAUGAUUUGCUAGAGGCCAAAAAGCGAGCGGAACAUCAAUCCGAUGAAUAUCGAUCUCAGUUGGAGCAAGCAGGUCACAUAAUAGCUAAGCUGGAGAGCGAAAAGCGAAACCUUGCUGAACAGCUGGCUGAUUUAGACAAUCAAUUGAAGGAUCUCGCCAAGAAGCAAGCGGAUCGAAGCGCACAAGAAGCGCAGCUUUCUCAGGACGUCCAGCUACUGCAAAGUCAACUGAGUAUUAAGGAGAGAAAGGUUCAGGACCUUGAGGCGAAGCUGAUCAGAAACGAUCAAGAUUCGGAAGUCAAGUUGGCUGCAGCGGCGAAAGACCUUCAAGCUUCUAAAUUAAGGGAAAGCAACUUAGCCAGCGAAAACCGCAAAGUACAGAAGCAACUUUCUGAUUUAUCUGCUACAUCGACAGGGUAUGAAGAUCUCGUCAGGCGCAAGGAAAGCGAGUUGGCUAUCCUUCGGUCUGAUAACCGUAAAUAUGAGGCCGAGAAGAAAAGUUUUGACGAGCAGAAGCGAUCACUUUCGACGGAAAAAGAAAAUAUUGCCAACAGGUUAAAGGAAGUACAGGCCGAGAUGUUCGCAAUGAAAUCCCAGCAAGCCAAUCUACAAAAGGAAGCUGCCGACGCGAAAAAACUUCUUGAUGCUAGACUGACAGAAGAUGCUCACGCUGAACAAAAUCGAAAGAGGCUAGAAGAACAGAUCUCGACCUUGAAACAGCAAUUAUCAGAAGUGCAAAAAGACCUUAGCAAAGAACGACAAUCUCGAGACGAUGUCCAACUCCUCGCAGAGCAUAAAUUCCGAGAGCUUAGUGAGAAGUUUCAAGAACUAAAUGAGGCUAAAAUCAUUAUCGAAAAGGAAUUAUACGUCCAACAGGACACUCUUAGAAGAGCAAUGGAGAACAGAGUUUCUGCUGAAAAGGAACGCAACGAAGCGCGAAACGAAAUCAGAAAGCUAAGAGAGGCGAAGAUUGCAGCCGAAGAGGCUAGGAUACAAGCUGAAGUAGUUGGAGACCGCAACGCAUCACGCCUAGCCCGCGAGCGCGAAGCUAGUUUGAAGAAAGAUCUUGAAGCGGAACAGAAUCGAGCAAAGUAUUUUGAGACUGAGUGCAGCCGCCUGAAUCAGCAAGUGGAAGAUCUUAAUAAGGUCAUGAUAGAGUCUGGAGAUUUUGGUCUGAAGGUCGAUCAAGAAAAGGAGCGACUUGAACGCGAACUGAACACAGUCCGAAGUCGAUUAAAUGCGUCUGAAAACGACAAUCGUGCUUUACUCAAUAAGCUUCAACAAAAAGGUCUCGAGAUUGCCCGCACGAGCUCUAGGGCAAGUGAAUCAUCGAGAGGUCAGCUAAUAGCAGCCCAGAGAGAGAAAGCUAAGGUCGACGAGCAGAAUAAGAAGCUCAAUAAACAGCUGGGUGAUGUACAAAUUCAACUGGCAUCCCUUCAAAAGCAAAAAGAAAAGCUGGAGCUUAAUCUUGAGGAUCUAACGCGUGAGGUUGAACGUGAACAUUUGAGUAGUAGAAACGCGGAGAAGACCUCUUCAACUAUGACAACCCAGCUAGCAGAGGCAAACCGCAAAUUGGAGGAUGAACGACAGUUGCACUCUCAGGCUCAGUCUAAAAAUCGACAACUCCAAUCUUUGAUUGAUACCCGAGAUAAAGAUAUCAUUGAGCUGAUGAAAAUUGUGGACCCAGAGAUGCCUGCACCGCCGGUUGUACAACUCGAUGGUAGUUUCGAUAAGAGCACAUCUGAAAACCCAAACCUUAUUUCUCAACUCACUCAAAAAGUCGAGGAACUUCGGCAAAAUCUCAGAGUUCAAGCUGCUGGUCGGUCGAAUGCUGAAGCACAAGUACUUGAACUGCGAAAACGAUAUGAAGACGAGUUUGGUGACCAUUCCGAGUGGCACACGCCCGGUAGGUCGAAACUUGAGGAGAUUGAUGGCAAUGAGGAAACUCGAAAUUCAUCCCCGACACAUCUUAGAAACAAACUCAAUGGCAGACCUCUGUCAGGCGCGACCCCACCUAAUCCCCGCUUUCCAAGCUCAGGUGACGUUGGGCAAGAUUCUGGACGCUCUGAUCGUACUGCCGAUAUGUUAAGUUUCAACAAUCGCAUGGAUUUGAAAGCUGACGUGGAAGAAUUACAAAAUCAAUUGCAGCUAUCACAAAUGGAGAAUCGUCAUCUACAGAGCCAGCUUGAGCGUUUUGUUCCAGGACGAGAUAUCUUUGAGGAUAGUCCGUCAGUACGCCGUGUGCACAAGCUUGAGCAAGCCAACACUCGACUUCAUGAAAUGCUUGAUGAUUCUGCAAAGAAAGUUUCCGCUCUUGAACAGAGUAUUCAAACGGGAGAAUUGUCAUUCCGCGAUAUUCAAGCGAAAUCUCACGAGGAGCUCUUUGAGCUCAUCAACAAUCAAGAAGAAAACAGACGAAUUCUAAUGUACGCUCACAAAGAUGCAUUAGUAGACCUCAACGAUACGAAGAAAAAUUUUGAGAUGUUGAAACACACCCGAGCAGUCUUGGAGGUUGAUCUCCGAGAUGCCAAGUCUGAUCUUGAGGACAUGACUUUGCAAAGGGAUCAGGAUGCCGCCAGUCGAAAUCAACUUUUGCAAGAGUUUGCCGAUCUUCAGAUCCGUUUGGAUGCUGAAUCCUCAAAAUUGGCUGAUGUUAGUUCUAGUCUCGGUCUCUAUAAGAGUAGAGCAGAUGAGUACUUUAGCAAACUUGAGCAGGCUGAAAUUGCUGUAUUGAAGGCUUCUAGGGCCGAACAAUUUGCCAGAUCUCAAGCAAAAGAAGCAGAGGAUACAUGUGCCGAAAUCAUGUCAGAACGGAAGCAAAUGGACGAAGCCAUUGAAGAUCUUCAAAAACAGAACCAACACUAUGAAGAGAAGCUCGAGGAUCUUUCCUCUGAUCUCGAUGCUGCAGUACAAGCAAGGAAGCGAUUACAACAUGAGCUUGAAGAUUACCGAAGCCAACGUGCCAUGGAGAUUGAAGACAAAGAAUCUAGUAUGGAACAGACUAGAAAGAAAUACCAAGCUGAGUUUGCCACUCUCACGAAUGAAUUGGACAUUGCUCGUGAGGAGAAGCUAUUCAAACAAACAGAGAACACAAGGCUUCGGGAAGAAUUGGAUCAGCUUCGAACGAAGUGGGACGAUGAAGUUAUGAACAGUUCAACGUGGUCUAAAGAAAAGGCUCGCCUGGAGGCCACUCUUUCAGAUCUCAAUACAUCACGCGACGAAGCCGUCAACGCUCACAAUGAAGCUCAAGGCAAAAUUGUAUCACUAUUAGCACAAGUGCGGAGUCUCAGAACAGACGUGGACGAUGCAGCUGCCGAAAGAGACAUUCUUCAACGCGAGAAGCGCGGCUUACAAGCUCGUCUAGAGGAAGCUAAAGCUGGUCUCGACGAUCUUGCACGAAGCGAUAGCCCUGCGCUACGAAAUGCUGCUGGAAUGGAUCGCGAGAUCUUGGAACUUAAAUCUAACUUAGCACAACAAGAAGAUAUUGCAGCUGCAGCCAUCGGCAAGAUGAGACGAUCUGAAGCACUUGCAUCUGAAAUACAGAAAGACAUUGUUGCCGAGAGAGAAAUGACAGCACAGUUGAACAAGGAGAAGGCUGCGCUAGAAAAGUCACUCAAAGAAACUCAGGUCCGACUACUGGAUUUGGAAACUAAAGGCUAUUCAAGUGCCAGCCAAGACGUGAGGUUCCUUCACGGUCGUGUCCAAGAGCUCGAAGCCCAACUUGACGAGCAAGAAUCCGAACGCAACAAGUCGCAACGUUCCGUAAGAAAUGUCGAUCGCACAGUCAAAGAUCUUCAACAGCAAAUUGAACGCAAAGAAAAGGCCAACACGCAACUUCAAGAAGAUAUCGCCCGCUCGAGAGAUAAGGUCGAAAAACUUCUCAAGACAAUCGACGAGCUUCAAUCAAGUGAUUCGACCAAUCAACUUUCAGCUCGUAGAGCAGAACGUGAACUAAGGGAAGAAAGAGAAAAGGCUUUGAGGUUAGAGCGCGAAUUGGAAGGCUGGAAGGCAUUGAGAAUGCAGAAAGGUCCGGGUGGGAGAAUAAGUGCGAGUGGUACUUGGAGACCGAGUAGUGAAUUUGGCUCCGAAGAUGCAGGGAUUGACAUCCCUAAACGAAAGAGUAGUUUGAGUAGGCAGGAUAGCAUGAGCAAGGGGUUCUUGUAA